AUGCGUGUUUCUCCUUCCUCACUGGCUUCGGCUCCCAUUCCUUAUGCGCAGGAAAGGUGCAUGGUUCUCUCGCACGGGCCGGCAAGGUCAGAGGGCAGACGCCGAAGGUUGCGAAGCAGGACAAGAAGAAGAAGCCCCGGGGGAGGGCUCACAAGCGAAUGCAGUACAACCGUCGGUUCGUCACCGCUGGUAAAUGAUUUCCCCCCUCUUUCUCCAUCUAUCCACUCUUCUGAGAUCUGUCUCUCUCUAAUCGUGCUUUCUAGGUUUCGUGUUACUUCGGACAGAUUAUUAUGAUUCAUGUGAUUAUGAUUCAUCAGGGAUGCGAUUAUUUCCCCGAAUGCAUGAAUAUUUCUUAUGAUUUAUCCCGUUGUGCGUUUGAUUUCUGUAAAACUGGUCAGAGAUCUGAACCAAUCCCUCGUUUCUCCUUUGAACACGCAGUCGUUGGAUUCGGGAAGAAGCGGGGACCCAACUCAUCCGAGAAGUAG